UGCCUAGAGGCGUAACCUGUAGGCGUGGCUUUGGAUCGACAGCAUAUCCCCAACCAGAAACCCUUUGCGUUGGAUUUCCCUCUCCGGAAGCUUCCUGCUCAGAGUGCACUUUUUUCCCGCAAAGCAAUAACUACUGAAAGUGUAACCUGUUAACCAGGCAUGAUGAUGAACUGCUGUGGUCUGCUCACUUCCAAUAAGGAAGCAGUUCCUCUGAAGAGCGUGGAGGUGGAGCUGGAGGUGAGGGACCAUGUGGCUACAGUGGUCUCCACUCUGAACUAUGAGAACAAGGAGGACAAACCACUGGAGGCUGUUUUUGUCUUCCCUCUGCCUGGAGAUGCUGCUGUCUGUCACUUCAGUGCUAAGAUUGGACAGACAGAGAUUGUAGCUGAGGUGAAGGAGAAACAGAAGGCUCGUGAGGAGUAUGAUGAUGCUUUGAGCUCUGGUCAGCAGGCCUUCCUGUUGGAGGAGAGUGAUCAGAGUCCAGAUAUAUUCUCUCUGAGUGUGGGCAGUCUGCGUCCAGGAGAGAGCGCCUCCAUCAGGCUGGAGUACGUCACUGAGCUGGCUGUGCAGGCUGAUGAAGGGCUGAGAUUUUGUCUGCCUGCUGUGCUCAACCCUCGCUACCAACCUCAGGGGAGUGGAGGUAGUGGAGGUGGCAACGUUCAGAUGACCUCUGUUCCAGCCUCUAUGGUGCCCUACAGUCUGUCUUUCUCUGCCCGAGUGUCCUCUCCUCAUCCAGUCUCUAAAGUAGAGUCCAACUGUCCCCUGGACGCUCUCCAGUACUUCAACACAGAGCAAACCCAGGCUACGGUCAAAUUGGCUGCAGGACACAAGUUUGACAGAGAUGUUGAACUGCUGAUUUAUUACAAAGAUGCCCACCAGCCCACUGCUGUGGUGGAGACAGGACAGACCUCUGCCAAGCCUGGCUCUCUGAUGGGUGAUCCAGUGGUGAUGCUGAGCCUGUACCCUGAGUUCCCCCAGGCUGUGAUGUCUUUAGUGGCCUCAUGUGGAGAGUUUGUGUUCUUACUGGAUAGAUCUGGCAGUAUGGCAGGGUCCCGUAUAAAGAGUGCCAGGGAAACUCUGCUGCUCCUGUUAAAGAGCUUACCCAUAGGCUGCUAUUUCAACAUCUACAGUUUUGGGUCCAGCUAUGAACACAUCUUCCCUGAGAGUGUGGAGUACAGCCAGAAGACCAUGGAAGAGGCUCUGAAAAAAGUUGAAGAGAUGCAAGCUAAUCUGGGAGGAACAGAGAUCCUUGAGCCCCUCAAACACAUUUACAGCCAGCCCUGCAUUCCCAGUCAACCUAGACAACUAUUUGUCUUUACUGACGGAGAGGUGUGCAACACCAAAGAAGUGAUAAAUCUGGUGAGGAAGAAUUCAGGUUCCCACAGGUGUUUCUCUUUUGGGAUUGGGGAAGGGGCCAGCUCUGCUCUUAUCAACGGGUUGGCCAAGGAAGGAGGAGGUCACGCUCAGUUCAUCACAGAUACUGACAGGAUGCAACCCAAAGUGAUGCAGUCGCUGCGUUUUGCUCUGCAACCAGCUGUGAUAGACAUCUCAGUCGAGUGGGAUUUGCCAAAGGGAGUGUCUGUUACUGCUCUCUCUCCACCAAUCACAGCACUUUUCCAGGGUCAAAGGUCACUGGUUUAUGCCCAGCUCACUGGACAGAGUUCAGAGGCAGCGGAGGGCUGUGUGAUGGUGAAAUACAGCCUGGCAGGUCAUCCCUCUCAGAACCAGCUCCACUUCAGUCUCAAACCUGCAGAGGACACUGGAUUAACGGUCCACAGGUUGGCUGCUCGGACUCUGAUUCGCUCCCUGGAGAUGGAGGGGAGAGAGAGCGGAGGAGAGCAAGAGGAAGGAGUGAAGAAAAAGGUGGUGGAGCUCAGUGUCCCGUCAGGAGUGAGCAGUGCCUUCACUGCCUUCAUUGCCGUCAACAAAGGAGACGGCAAGGUGCUUCAAGGACCUCUGGUGGUCAGAAAUGUUCCAGCACCGAGGAUGAUGGCCUGUAGUAUGGGUAGGUUUAAUCGGUCCCGUCCUCCUGGUAUGCCUACGAAGGCUAUGGCACACUCUUCUCCAUCCUAUUCUCCUGGGAUGGUGGACUGUGGUAUCAUGGGUAGGUCUGUUCAGUCCUGUCCUACUGGUAUGCCUAUGAUGGCUAUGCUGCACUCUUAUUCAUCCUAUCUUCUUGGUAAAAGCCUUUUGCCCAAGCAGCCACCCAGAGACCCUUUGCUGCAGUUGGUCUCCCUCCAGAAGGCGUCUGGCUGCUGGGUGCUGGAUCCAGCUCUGGCUGAUGCACUGGGAAAGACCAGCAGGGAGGUGGAAAAGCCCAAGCCUGCAUCGGUGAACCAGGAAGUAUGGGCCACCAUUCUGGCUCUGAUCUGGCUUCAUGGUUUCAAGAUGGAUGCUCAGGAAGAGUGGGAGCUUCUGGCUAUGAAGGCGGUGUCAUGGCUCCGUGCCCAGAAUGCCCCAUGUGUGAUAGAGUGUGUGGAAGCUGCAAAUGCUCUGUUGGGGUUCAGUGUGCAGAAAGAUGCCCUGGGACUCUGAGAUUUUCAUUAGAUCAGCUUCUCUUUAGGAUUGAAGCAGAUUUACUCCAUCCAACAUUUUCUUAAUAAACAUUGUACCAUACUAUUUACCUAGAAACAAUUAAAUAUUGUUCUUUUAUGUUUUUCUA